UAGAUUUGCGUCGGGCGCAACAGUCAAUAUUCCGCCGGUAAAAUAGAGACAGCGCCCAAGAUCCGCCCACAAAUUUGCGCGAAGUCAAUUUAAAGUGUUAAAGUGCGUGUGUGUGCAAGAUAAAGCCCAUGGUGUGUAUUUGAAGGGUGUAUUAGAUACUCUCUUAGAUUGUUGUUUUACUUUUCUCUCUUUUUCCAAUAUUUUGGUUAUAGUCCUUAGAUAGUUACAUUCGUUUAGACUGCCUCUCCUUUAGGCCUAUAUUAUGGAAAUUAUAUGACAUAUUAGGCCUAAAGUGUGUUAACUUGUGCGCAUUUACGUGAUAGUCUAUGAUGUCAUGUGCAGGUGCUGUGGAUCGCGUACAAACCAGGUUGUCGGAAUGUUCCAAUAGUUCAGUCAGGUAUAUAUGAGCUUGCAAAAUAGACUGCACUCAUUGAGUUUCCACAACUCACAGAAGUAAGCCAUUUACCUACAGAGCAAUGGACCAAUGGAAUCCAGUGGAAAGUGAUGAGGAUAUGCCUACCAUUACUCAAGAGAGAGCAUGGAAUAAUUUCAAUAAAGAGAUGGAGGGAGUAUUCCAUAGCGAUUUGAGUGAACGGGUUCGACCCUAUCUAGACCUCAUUGAUUCACUGCGUAUGAUUGGAAUCGAUCAGGAUCUGACUCUGCCUGCAAUAGCUGUGAUCGGAGACCAGAGCUCUGGGAAGAGCUCCGUGUUGGAGGCGCUGUCUGGAGUAGCUCUCCCCAGAGGCAGUGGAAUUGUGACUCGAUGCCCGUUGAUGCUGAAGUUGAGGAAGCUGAAGGGAGGUGUGCAGUGGAAGGCCAUCAUCUCCUACAAAGACACGACAAUUGAAUUCACAGACCCCUCUUUGGCUGAGGACUAUGUCAAUGAGGCCCAGAAUGAGCUGGCUGGAGACGGCGUUGGGAUCUGUGACGAGCUGAUCAGUCUGGAGAUCAUGUCUCCUGAUGUGUGUGACCUCACUCUGAUUGAUUUACCCGGCAUUGCCCGAGUGCCUGUGAAAGGACAGCCUGAGGACAUUGGAGACCAGAUUAAAAGCCUCAUUCUCAGCUUUAUUGAGAAGAGUGAAACAAUAAUCUUGGUGGUGGUUCCAUGUAAUGUUGACAUAGCAACAACUGAAGCUCUCAGAAUGGCCCAGGAUGUAGAUCCAGAAGGAAAAAGGACUUUGGCUAUUCUGACUAAGCCAGACCUCAUAGAUCGUGGCACAGAAAAGAAUGUUUUGGAUAUUGUUAACAAUCGUGUCAUCCCACUGAGCAAAGGCUACAUAGUUGUGAAAUGCCGUGGUCAGCAGCAAAUUCAGGACAAGAUUCCUCUAGCCGAGGCCACCAGGAUGGAGAGAGAUUUCUUCAGACAACACAAGUAUUUUAGUGGUCUUCUCAAUGAGGAAAAAGCCACAACUCAGUGCCUUUCUACUAAACUGACCCAAGAUCUGGUAGACCACAUCAAAAAAGCACUACCAACAUUAUCAGAGCAAGUUAAGAUGGAGCUUCUUCAGUCAAGGACAUUAGUAAGUGAAUGCACAGAAGGUCCCCCCUCAGAACCCCAGCAGAAGAAAGCUUACCUGAUUGAGAUCUUGACAUUGUUCAAUGAGAACAUCAACAACUUAAGUGCUGGUGAGGUAGUGAAUGAGGAAAACCUAUUCAUUAUCCUACGCAGCCAUUUCCAGUUAUGGAACACUGAACUUCUAAACAGUCAAGAGUCAUAUGCUAAAAUGGUACAAGAUGCUGCAAAGGAGUAUGACCUGAAGCACAGAGGAAGAGAACUCCCUGGUUUCAGUAACUACAAAGUGUUUGAGAUGGUGGUCCAGAAACUGGUAAAAAAGCUGGAAGGCCCUGCAUUAGAGACUUUGAAAGUCAUCAGAGAAACUGUGCAGGCACAGCUCAAUGACGUUUCAAAAACUUGCUUCUCAAACUACCCUUUCCUUCACUGUGUCGCAAUGAACAAGAUAGACCAGAUCCAGUCGAAACAGGAGGUCAAAGUGGUGGAGAGGAUCCGGGAGCAGUUUGAGAUGGAGAAGCUGGUCUACACUCAGGACACCAUCUACUUCAAGGCCCUGACGAAGAUGGAGGAAUCCUCACCUGUGAACUGGGCUGAUUUCGACACGAGAAACAAAUAUCCUGAAAUGCUCCAGGCAUACUAUGAGAUAGUGAUUCAGCGCCUGGCAGACCAGAUACCCAUGCUGAUCCAGUUCUUCCUGCUGAAACAGUCAGCGCGAGUGCUGUGUACUGAGAUGCUGAGCCUGAUUGAGGGGGUGGAUUUGGACAAAGCCCUGUGCGAGGGCUCAGAUGCAGGCCGACGACGUAACGAGCUGCAGAGUCGCAUCGAGCGUCUCAGCCUGGCUCAGGAGAAACUCAGCCAUUUCCUCUGAAGUGGACUAGGAACAUGGACCGUUUCAGUAGUGAUGCGUCCAUGUUAUAAAAAUGUUGGGGAGGUAAAAACAGAAGAGUUUAUUCUAAUCUCAUGUUUGGAUCAGGCUGUUUACCUAUUAUUGUUAUUACCUAUUCCUGUUGCCUCAAACUUGAUGAUAGGCUACUCUUGAACUACAUUGUUUCUUUAAAGAGAUUGUGAAAUUAUAUUGAAGUUUUACCCAGAGUUAUUACACCUUGGGCUAAGUCAUAAAAAGAGUACAUGUAAAACAGAAUUAUAAUUUAAAUGAUCAACUUCUCAAAAUUGUGUGCUUUUUCAUUUAUCACAAUAAACAGGGACAACAUGAAAUGGCUUAAUUGAGAACAAUAUGUUAACCACAUAUAUUUUCCAUGCUAUGAGGAGACUGGUGGGUUUUGAGAUCAGAAUCAGAUGCAAUAUAGGUGGUCCUAACUUACUGACCUCUUAUAUAGACAUGGUUGUUUGUUUCUAUGAAUUGCAAUUGGACACAUGUGUAGUAGCCUACAGUACCAGGCUCCCAUGUAGUGGUUGGUGUUCAACUGGCUGCAUAUGCUCAGCUGCCUGUUUCUGGGGGGAGUCUAGGCUGUCCACUAGAGGGAACUGCUCCCCUGAGAAGUUAAAGAGCAAUUUGUAGUUUAAUUUCAAAACUGAAUUUAUACUUUGUCUUUUCUGAAAUGUCUUUUUAAAAUUGUACAUGUAUGAAUGAAUGUUUUGCCAUCAUGUGUUGCCAUUUUAAGCAGACUCUGAAAUAUGCCUUUCCCACCCACAAAUGUGUCAUAUUACAUAGGAGGAGUUUAA